AUGGCCGGAGCGGUACGCAUCACUCACGGCCCCCUUGAGAGGUGCCUGCUGGUAAUCCUUCUUUUCAUCCUCACCAAGGCACAGUGUAAACGAGUGGACCAUGGCCUACGGAGGGGUCAUUUGCGAGCACCUGAUUUUCCCGCAGAUAGGAGGCCCCCCGCAGUGGUACAGACGGUAGAUCAUUGGAGCGUUCGUUUGGGGGGGAAGAAAAAGGGGGGACGGAACUCUAGGGGAAAAUCCUGCUCAAAUUUCUCCUUCCUGAAUGGCGCGGUAAGGCAGUCCCCCGAGUGGCGGCUGCAGCAGGAAGGGGGAGGCCAAUGCAGCUCUAGCGCAUCCGGCGGAUGCGGCUGUAAGAAUAUGGCGCAAAAUGGAGGUGCGCCGAAAGAGGGGGAGAAAGUCCUUUACCUGGUCAGUCCAAGAGGCUUCUGCAAAGGAGUCAGCAGAGCCAUCGACACGGUGGAAGAGUGCCUACAAAUGUUUAAGCCACCAAUUUAUGUGAAGCAUAAAAUUGUGCACAACGACAUUGUCUGCAAACAGUUGGAAGAGAAGGGAGCAAUCUUCAUAGAAGACGUGAAUGAGGUACCCGAUGGGAAUAUCUUAAUUUAUUCAGCCCAUGGGAUCAGUCCCCAAAUAAGAGAACUUGCAAAAAAAAAAAAACUCAUCGAGAUUGAUGCCACGUGUCCUCUAGUUAACAAAGUACACAUGUACGUUCAGAUGAAAGCAAAGGAAGGGUACAAAAUUAUUCUCAUCGGUUACAAGAACCAUGUAGAAGUAAUAGGUACCUUUAACGAAGCGCCAGAAUCUACUUACGUAGUGCAAAAUAUAGAACAAAUAGAUGAGUUGCCAUUCACGGAAAAGGACAAACUGUUUUACGUAACCCAGACAACGUUAAGCAUGGAUGACUGUUCUUUAAUUGUAAAACGACUAAAGGAGAAAUUCCCACACAUUGAGACUAUUCCGAGUGGAUCGAUAUGCUAUGCCACUACGAACAGACAGACGGCACUGAAUCAGAUUUGCCAAGAGUGUGAUCUCACGAUCGUUGUUGGAAGUCAGUCAUCAUCGAAUGCUAAAAAAUUAGCUUACUCAUCACAGCUGAGGAAUACCCCUGCUGUGUUGGUGAACAGUGUGGACGACUUUGAUUUUUCUUCCCUGAAAGAUGUUAAGAGGAUCGCUUUGACCUCCGCUGCGUCCACUCCUGAGGAACUAACGCAGAAGUUCGUUGAAGUGCUCACGAAAGAACCGUUCGGCUACACGUUGCGCCUGUUCGAACCUGUACAGGAGAACGUCCCCAAGUGGAAGCUUCCCAAAAAUUUGAUGGGCCUCAUCGAGGAGCGCAGGCGCGAGCAGGGCGCGCAGAACACGCAAAACACACAAGGGUAA